UCAGCCCAGCAGACGACUGGUCCUCCUGAAUGAGCUCCAUCAGACUCGUUUCUGCUCUGCUGCCUCUGGACUCGCUCGCUCGCUCUUUCUUUGUGCUCAAGUUGUGCAGCUAAUAUCUCAGAAUUGUCUCCAGUGGAGCAGACGUUCGGUUGUUGAUGAGCGGGUGAGAAGAUCAAGCGCAGGCUGACAUGAGGGGAGACGCUCCACGAAGAAGCAUGAAGACCACAUGUCUGUGGGCUGCUGCCCUGCUGCUGUCAAUCAUCUCUCUGGUUACCAGUGCUGAAUCUUCAACUUCAAGAAGCUCAGACUUGAGGGAAAGCUCAAAACCAAAAGUGAAGACCUACUGGACUGAAAGCAGCAAGGCCUUCUCCUUCAGCCGCCUGUUGUCUCAGAGCCAUUACACCAAAGAAAAUAUCACCUCUUUGGACCUGAACUAUGAUGAUGCAGAUGGGUUCUCCAAACAGGAACACUGGAACUGGCUUUACAACACUUCAAACCCCCAUGACCCUCGGUCCAGGACAAAACGGAGGCCCAUCGUCAAGACUGGCAAGUUUAAGAAGAUGUUUGGUUGGGGUGACUUUCAUUCCAACAUCAAGACAGUGAAGCUCAACCUUCUCAUCACAGGAAAAAUUGUGGAUCAUGGCAACGGGACAUUUAGUGUCUAUUUCCGCCAUAACUCCACUGGCCAGGGCAAUGUGUCUGUGGGGCUCGUUCCACCGACCAAAGCUGUGGAGUUCCAAGUCCACCAGCAGCGCCACCAGCAGUACUACCACCAUCACCAGCUUCAGCAGCAGCAGCAGACAGCUCUGGAGUCCAAAGACACCAAGCUGUUCAACUGCAGGGUGGAGUACGAGAAGGUGGAGAAGGGCACCAGGAACUCACUGUGUGCCCACGACCCAUCGCAGAGCUGUCCCCAGGAGCAGACCCAGAGCCACGUUUCCUGGCUGUGCUCCAAACCCUUCAAAGUCAUCUGCAUCUUCAUUACCUUCUACAGCACUGACUACAAGCUGGUGCAGAAGGUGUGUCCAGACUACAACUACCACAGUGACACCCCCUAUCUUCCCACUGGGUGAUCACGACAGCUGCAGCA